GUCUUGCUCUGUCAUCCAAGCUGGAGUGUAAUCGCGUGAUCUCACUGCAACCUCUGCCAUCUGGGCUCAAGCAAUCCUCCUGCCUCAGCCUCCCAAGUGACUGGGAAUCUCAGGUACAUGUCACCAUGGCGGGCUAAUUUUUGUAUUUUUUGUAGAGACAUGGUUUCAUAACGUUGCCCAGGCUGAUCUUAAACUCCUGGACUCAAGCAAUCGGCCUUGCUUCCCAAAGUUCUGGGAUUACAGGCAUAGGCCAACAUGCCCAGCCCUCCUCCUCUAGUUUACAGCCACACAGAUCUUUCCGUUUCUCAAACACAUCAAGCUUGUUCUUGCCCUGGGGCUUUUACACAAACUCAGGUUAGAAUGCCCUGUGCCUUGAUGUAUCCAACUCUUUUUUGUUAUUAAGAGUUCGGCUUAGAGGCCGGGAGCGGUGGCUCACGCCUGUAAUCCCAGCACUUUGGGAGGCCGAGGUGGGCGGAUCAGGAGGUCAGGAGAUCGAGACCAUCCUGGCUAACACGGUGAAACCCCGUCUCCACUAAAAAUACAAAAACUUAGCCCAGCGAGGUGGUGGGCGCCUGUAGUCCCAGCUACUCAGGAGGCUGAGGCAGGAGAAUGGCGUGAGCCCAGGAGGCGGAGCUUGCAGUGAGCCGAGACUGCGCCACUGCACUCCAGCCUGGGCGAUAGAGCGAGACUCUGUCCCCCCCACCCAAAAAAAAAAAAAGAGUUCAGCUUAACUUUCACCUCCUCAGAGAGCUACUCCUGAAAUUCCAAUCUCAAAUUGCCACUCAGUCACGCUGUAUUGCUCUAUUUUAAUUCUCUCCAUAACAGUUAUAACCAUUUGAUAUAUCUUGUUUAUAUAUUUAAAUUUGUCUCAACAUAUUAGACGUAAACCCCGUAAAAGAACAAGUACUUUAUCACUUUGUUCAUGGCAGUUAGGAUAAAUCUGUUUCACAGAUGAAAAAAAAAAAAAAAGAAAGAAAGAAAACAUGCGCAUGCGCCGUAGCUCUCCAGACCGGGAAGGCUGUACUGAGCCGGUCUCGGGAGACGAAGGAUGGGAUGUGAGGCGGUCCUGCCUUGCCGCCUUCUGUCCCUAGUCUCCGGGUCCCCGCCCUCCAGCCGCCUUUGAUUCGUGACUGGGUCACGGUCCCCACUCAUUCCUCAGAACCGCGAAGAAAGGAAGCUAGCGUGUUUGUUAGAAAACCUAGUUGGGAGUGCAAGGCAGAGAGCGUUCAGCACCCUUGUUCCUCCCGACCCCUCAGGACAGAGGCAGGGCUCUGGAGGGCAGGGAUUCCCCCUCGUCUUGGCCCUACAGCCCCAGCUGGGCACUAAACUCGGGCCACGGCGGGGCGAGCGAGGCGGGCUCCGGAGGAAGCUGACGGCUGAUGAUGGCUCAGUCCAACAUGCUCCCCGUGGCUGAUGUGUUGAGUCAAAAUGAACUGCGCAAAAAGCUAUACCAGACAUUUAAGGAUCGGGGUAUACUGGACACACUCAAGAUACAACUUCGAAACCAGCUAAUUCAUGAGUUAAUGCACCCUGUAUUGAGUGGAGAACUGCAACCUCAGUCCAUUUCAGUGCAAGGGAGCUCCCUCUUAAUAAGUGCCUCUAACUCUUUAGUGGCAGAUCACUUACAAAGAUGUGGCUAUGAAUAUUCACUUUCUGUUUUCUUUCCAGAAAGUGGUUUGGCAAAAGAAAAGAUAUUUACUAUGCAGGAUCUAUUACAACUCAUUAAAAUCAACCCUACUUCCAGUCUGUACAAAUCACUGGUUUCAGGAGCUGAUAAAGAAAACCAAAAAGGUUUUCUUAUGCAUUUUUUAAAAGAAUUGGCAGAAUAUCAUCAAGCUAAAGAGAGCUGUAAUAUGGAAACUCAGACAAGUUCGACAUUUAGCAGAGAUUCUCUGGCUGAGAAGCUUCAGCUUAUUGAUGAUCAGUUUGCAGAUGCUUACCCUCAGCGUAUCAAGUUCGAGUCUUUAGAAAUAAAGCUAAAUGAAUAUAAGAGAGAAAUAGAAGAGCAACUUCGGGAAGAAAUGUGUCAAAAGUUGAAGUUUUUUAAAGAUACCGAAAUAGGAAAAAUUAAAAUGGAAGCAAAAAAAAAGUAUGAGAAGGAAUUAGCCGUGUUCCAGAAUGAUUUUGAGAAAGCUUGUCAAGCAAAAUCUGAAGCCCUCGUUAUUCGGGAAAAGAGCACCCUUGAGAGAAUUCAAAAGCACCAAGAGAUUGAAACAAAAGAGAUUUAUGCUCAAAGGCAACUUUUACUAAAAGAUAUGGAUUUGUUAAGAGGAAGAGAAGCAGAGCUGAAGCAAAGAGUUGAAGCUUUUGAACUGAACCAGAAGCUCCAGGAAGAAAAACAUAAAAGCAUGACUGAGGCACUUAGGAGACGGGAGCAGAAUAUAAAGAGUUUUGAGAAGACCUAUGACCAAAAACUCAAGAAUGAACUUCUAAAGUAUCAACUUGAACUAAAGGACAACUACAUCAUUAGAACUAAUCGACUGAUUGAAGAUGAAAGGAAGAAUAAAGAAAAAGCUGUUCAUUUGCAAGAGGAGCUCAUAGCUUUUAAUUCAAAAAAGGAGGAACUCAAUCAAUCUAUAAAUCGCAUGAAAGAACUUGAGCUUGAGUUAGAGUCUGUCAAAGCCCAGACUUUGGCAAUAACAAAACAAAACCAUAUGCUGAAUGAAAAGGUUAAAGUGAUGAGUGACUAUUCACUACUAAAAGAAGAGAGACUGGAGCUUCUGGCACAAAAUAAAUUACUUAAACAACAACUGGAAGAGAGUAGAAAUGAAAACUUGCGUCUCCUAAACCACCUAGCUCAGCCGGCUCCUGAACUUGCGGUCUUUCAGAAAGAACUACGGAAAGCAGAAAAGGCUACAGUGGUUGAGCAUGAGGAGUUCGAAAGCCGCAAACAAGCUCUGCACAAACAACUGCAAGAUGAAAUUGAGCAUACUACACAGUUGAAGGCCCAGAUACUAGGUUACAAAGUUUCCAUAAAGAGGUUAACUAUUCAGGUUGCCGAUUUAAAAUCGCAACUGAAGCAAACUCAGACAGCCCUAGAGAAUGAAGUGUACUGCAAUCCAAAGCAGUCUGUGAUCCAUCAUUCUGCCAAUGGAUUAAUAAAUGGCAACAUGGUGCUUCACAAUGGUGAGAUAAGUGGGGAUUUCUUGAACAAUCCUUUUAAACAGGAAAAAGUUCUAGCAGGUAUGGUUGCAUCAAGGAUCACAAAUUAUCCAAAUGCAGGGAUGGAGGGUAGUUCCCCUGAUUCUGACCUUGAGUUUGUCGCCAAUACUAAUGCAAGGGUCAAAGAGCUUCAGCAAGAGGCCGAACGCUUGGAAAAGGCUUUCAGAAGUUACCAUCGGAGAGACAUUAAAAACUCUGCCAAAGGCCCACUACCAGCAAAGAGCCCACCAUCUCUGCACUUGCUGGAAGCCUUCAAAAACAUUACUUCCAGUUCCCCGGAAAGACGUAUUUUUGCAGAGGACAGAGUUGUCUCUGAGCAGCCUCAAGUGGGCACACUUAAAGAAGAAAGGAAUGACAUCUUGGAAGCCCUGACAGGCAGUGCAGCCUCAAGGCUACGCGGGGGCACUUCCUCCAGACGCCUCUCCUCCACACCCCUUCCAAAAGCAAAAAGAAGCCUUGAAAGUGAAAUAUAUCUGGAAGGUCUGGGCAGAUCACACAUUGCUUCCCCCAGUCCUUGUCCUGACAGAAUGCCCCCGCCAUCACCUGCUGAGUCUAGGCACAACCUCUCCAUCCCUCCCUUCUCCAGCCCUCCGCAGCAGAAAGCGGGUCUUUAUUGGAGACAAAAUGAACUUCAAGACAAAAGUGAAUUUUCAGAUGCGGACAAGCUAGCUUUUAAGGAUAACGAGGAAUUUGAAUCAUCUUUUGAAUAUGCACGGAAUGUGCCAAGGCAGUUUGAAAUGGAUGGGCCCUCUCCUGCCGGGGAUAUGCUUCAUAUGGGCGCAGCUGUAGCUGCUGUGCCCCUCUCGUAUCAGCACCCAAGUGUAGAUCAGAAACAAAUUGAAGAACAAAAGGAAGAAGAAAAAAUAUGGGAACAGCAAGUGAAAGAACGAAAGCAGAGAGAAGAAAGAAGGCAGAGUAACCGACAAGAAAUUUUAGAAAGGGAAAGAAGAGAACUAGAAAAACUGUAUCAGGAAAGGAGGAUGACUGAAGAAUCACUGAAGAUUGAAACGGAAAAUGAAUUAGAAAUGAGUAAUCAAGAAAUGAAAGACAAAUCUGCUCACAGUGAAAAUCCUUUAGAGAAAUACACGAAAAUCAUCCAGCAGGAGCAAGACCAGGAGUCGGCAGAUAAGAGCUCAAAAAAGAUGGUCCAGGAAGGCUCCCUAGUGGACACACUGCAAUGUAGUGACAAAGUCGAAAGUUUAACAGGCUUUUCUCAUGAAGAACCAGAUGACUCUUGGUAACCAUGUUUGCUGCCCAGCUUCUAACUUACAUACCAUGAGAAAUUACAUAACAUUUACUCCUUUGUAAAUGUUUCUCUAUCAACAGAUAGAACUCUGAAUAAAAAUGUGUAAUCCAAACAAAAGAAAGAAAGAAAAACUACAAAUGUUUUCAUAUUAUCAAUUUCAUGUGGUGCAAGCUAGUAUAUCUGCAGCACUAAGAAUACUGUGUGGCAAAUAGUAGGCACUUAAUAAAAAUUAGAAUGAAUGAAUAUCAUAGAAAUUUGUGUACCUGUUUAUACUGAGAGCAGGGCAGUU